AGCUGAGGGUAGUACCAAACACCGCUGGGGCUACCCCGCGGGCCGCAGGUCGCCUCCCGCACGGCUGGGCUGGGCCGGGCCGGGACACGCGCCCCGGGAGGUGGCGCCGCCUGUCCCUGGGGAUGGUCCGGCUUGGAGCAGGGGGUUGGCCUGGAUUGGCGCAUCUACACGUUCAUGAAUGCGCUUUAGGUAGGAGGAUCUAAGCAGGGCAAAGAUAUUGAACAUGGGAGAAGAGGAAGAAGAUGACUACAUGUCCGAUAUUUUCAUUAAUACGAAACAGGAUGUAAGGCCAGGAUUGCCAAUGGUGAGGCGUGUGAAGGAAACUAUUCAGAAAGAAGAAAGGCAGAAAGAAGCUAAUGAGAAGAACAGACAGAAGAGUAUAAAAGAAGAAGAAAAAGAGAGACGUGACACUGUGUUGCAAAGUGCAUUAGGAAAUGAAAACAAAGGCUUUGCUCUGCUUCAAAAGAUGGGGUACAAAACUGGCCAGGCCCUUGGCAAAACUGGAAAAGGCAUCGUUGAGCCGAUUCCACUGAAUAUUAAAACAGGCAGAAGUGGGCUUGGCCAUGAAGAACAAAAAAAGCGGAAAGCUGAAGAAAAGCUAGAAAACUAUAGACGGAAAAUUCAUAUGAAAAAACAAGCAGAUGAACAGGCUGCAGAUCAGUUUAGAGUAAGAUUCAAAAACAAACAAGAGGAACGUAAGAUAGAAGGGGACCUUAGAAAAAGCCAGAAGGCCUGUCAGCAAUUAGACUCUCAAAAGGACAUUAAAAUGCCCAAAGAGAUUUGGUACUGGAUGGAAUCAGAACCAGAGGAAGAAAAAGAUGAAGAGAAGAAGGAGGAUGAGGAUGAAUAUAAAAGUUCAGACUUAAGUGCAUCAGAAAAGCUACAAAUCCUAACAGCCUAUUUAAGAGAGGAACAUUUAUAUUGCAUCUGGUGUGGAACAGCCUAUGAGGAUUCAGAAGACUUGUCUUCAAACUGCCCCGGAGACAGUUCUGCAGAUCAUGACUAAAUUUUCUCUAAUAAAAAGAAUUCUGGAAAAAUAUGGAAAAGUCACUGCCAUGUUUAAAAGAAUUCCCAUGAUUCAUUCAAAUCAAGCAGGUAGAAAGGCAUAUAGAGGAAUUUAGACUAGGGGUCAGCAACAUACAGCCCACAGGCCAUAUCUGACCUGAGGAGCCACUGGAUAUGGCCCACAGAGCUGGAGGGCUUUGCCUUCCUAUACUUGUGUGCACACUGGGGCCAGGCAACUUCCAGCUACAUCAGCACCACAACGGGAACAGGAGGCUGGUAGAAGUGGCGGACAUGGGGAAAGGCCCAUUGUUUAAAUCACCCCGCUCAUGUCAGACCAGAGCCAUGUUGUUCUUGACCCACGACUGUAAAAGGUUGCUGGCCCCUGACUUCUUUCGAUUGUUUGUUUCUGAAUAAGAAAUGCCAUUUUUAAGCUCCUUUUUCUUAAAAGGACAUUUUUUAAAAGGAAGCUAAUCAUUGAAUUCACUAUCUAAUAGGAAUUACAAGUUACCAGUAUUAUUGGUGCUGUGUAACUUAGGUGCAGGCAGGAUUUAUGAGGUUCUCACCACAGUUCUAAUCAAUUAAAGACUGACCAGCACCAUCUCUGCAAUUGCAGUCUUAGACUUCUGAGCACAAGCCCCAAAAGCUCUAGAAAGUUUUGGCAUAGAAUUUCUGAAAAUCUUUAAAUGGAGCUGCCUACGUUCAGAGCAUAAACUCACUUUCAUACGACUGUGGAUACAUGGAGGCUUCAAAUGAACAGUACUUGACUUUAGGAACAGGUACCCAAACAACUGCUUACAGCUUUCCUUAAAGUAAAACUGACCUUUCAUUUUUCAGCAUAAAGCAUGGAACAGACUCACAAAACUCAGCUUCACAGGGAAGUGAAUAGUAAAGUAGAUUAGUGCUUAUUCUGGGCAGUGCUAGACAAUUCAUUUAUUAUGUGUUCUUUGCAAGGUUGUGUGCACCUUUAAAUCUCAGUUAAGUUUAUCCUUGGUGAACAUAAUGCAGCCAGAAAUCUGAAUGCUGAAGAAAGAAAAUGUGAAUGCACAACAAACAUUUAAAAUUAAUCAGUUACUUCUGCCCUAUGUAAAUAUGGUUGUUUGUAUGGAAACUUCUUCAUUAUAUUUAGUAACUUUAAUGUGUUUUGUUCAUCAUUAAAUACAAAUGUUUGUAAAUA